AUGGCUUCUACCAUGGCCGCUAAUGCAUCCAGCGUACAUAACGUAAGUGGGAAACCCACUUGGCGGUGGGGACAAUCAUUAACACUCUAUCAGGCACGAUCGAGCCGAACGUCCAACAUGGGUUCAUCCGGAAUGAAUGAUCGUCCUCGUGGAUCGCAGAACAAUAGCGUCGGGAAGGGUUUCGGUGCUGGCAAGUCGAGCUGGAACAACAACAUCUGGGGUGAUUCCAAUCUCGGUGGAUUCGGAGAUGGUAAGCGAUUGCCUCCAAUUGCGCAUGGGCGACCACUAAUACAGCCAGACCAACACAUCAGCGAGACUGCAUUUGAAGGGAAGUCGGGCUCUGGCUCUCUGCUCUCCACCUCCGAGUCGGAUGGUUGGGCGGGACGUUCCAACCUGCCCUGGGGAACUGUGAACACCAACCAGACCUACCAGAACAGGGGCCUAGCCACCUCUCCAAUUCAAAACCGUGGAAAUGACCGCAGCGCCCCCGCGAUGAACGAAACCGGCGAUAGCUCCUACUUCGCGUUGCCUCGCACCACUGGUAUGGGCGCAUCUGCUGUCACCGCUAGUCACCGCCCUUACCUCCAGACUGGGUCAGAGGGUGUCUCUCCUUCAGGUGAUGGCAUUACGUUCGGUGGAUUCUCGGGUCGACGACAGAUGAGCUCUGGCCUCGGUGGUAGCCCGGUCGGAGCCAACUUCCCAGGCAAGCCUGGCUUCUCAAACCCCCUCGAUGGUGCCCGCACGGACGAUAUGGCCGGUAUGGGUAUGGGAUCGCUGGGGUCUGGCAUCCCCGAUUCCAUGUCCCCAACUCAGGCUCGUGCUGGUCUCUCCCACGCCUCUCAUAACUCAGCCUCCUACGCAGCCCAACGGCCGACUCAUUCCGCGCACCCCUCGUUCUACUCCGAUAACCAGAGCACAGAUGGUCGCUACGCAAGUGGAUCGAUGGAUUUGAACGCCAGCUUCAACAAGCUUCAAAUGAAUGACGGCGCUUUCAUCGCCCAAGGUGGCCAACGCCCAUCGUACAUCCCUCACGCUUCCUUCGACGGGACAUUCCCCCGCAACAAAUAUCAAAAUGACGAGGCCGCGUAUCAGGCACUCGGCUACAACUCUGAGUCUGCACAGGAUCUCCAGCUGGCUUACCAAGCUCGUUCCCGUGCUGGGAACACAGGGUCCAUUUCACCCUCCGACUAUGCUCGCAUCGACAGUCCCAUCUACUCCGGCGUCGAUGGUGCGGGUCAGUACCGCGCGGCUGGAGACAGCCACGCAGCUGCUUUCGAACGCAGACUUCGCGUUCUCCAAGAGCAGGAGCUUGCACAAAGUUCCCAGAGAAUGCAAUACCCGCCUUCUUACGACUACCAGGCCUACCAGGCUUCUCGACUCAACGCUCUGUCCGGAUUCUACCCAGUAGCGCAACUGAGCAACCUUGGAGCCGCCGCGUUGGUCUCCCGCACGCAACGCGAGGCUGAUACCGCCCAGGUUGUUCGCAGUCCGCUUCUCGAGGAGUUCCGCGCCAACAGCAAGGGUAACAAGCGCUACGAGCUGAAGGACAUCUACAACCACGUUGUUGAAUUCAGCGGUGACCAACAUGGCUCCCGCUUCAUUCAACAGAAGCUUGAGACUGCCAACAGUGACGAGAAGGAGCAAGUGUUCCGCGAGAUUCAGCCCAACUGUCUGCAGCUCAUGACCGACGUCUUCGGUAACUACGUGGUUCAGAAGUUGUUUGAGCACGGUAACCAGACUCAGAAGAAGAUCCUCGCCAACCAGAUGCGCGGACAUGUCCUCGCCCUCUCCACCCAAAUGUAUGGCUGCAGAGUGGUGCAGAAGGCACUCGAGCACAUCCUCACUGAUCAGCAAGCUGCCAUGGUCAAGGAGCUGGAGAAUCACGUCCUCAAGUGUGUUCGCGACCAGAACGGUAACCACGUCAUCCAGAAAGCCAUUGAGCGUGUGCCUUCUCAGUAUGUUCAGUUUAUCAUCAACGCGUUCCGUGGCCAGGUCAACCGUCUCGCUGCCCAUCCCUAUGGUUGCCGUGUCAUUCAAAGGAUGCUCGAGCAUUGCGAGGAAGUGGAUCGCCAAUCUAUCCUGGCUGAACUCCACGCUUGCACCUCCAACCUCAUUCCGGAUCAGUUCGGUAACUACGUCAUUCAACACGUUAUCGAAAACGGUGAUGAGCCAGACCGGACUCGCAUGAUCGAUAUCGUCAUGGGACAGCUGCUCGCCUACUCCAAGCACAAGUUCGCCAGCAAUGUCGUGGAGAAGAGCAUUGAGUUCGGUGCCGAGCACGAACGUGUUCACAUCAUCACCACUUUGACUUCUGCGAAUGAUCGCGGCGAGAGCCCUCUGCUUGGUCUGAUGCGCGAUCAAUAUGGCAACUAUGUCAUCCAAAAGGUCCUCGGUCAGCUCAAGGACGCCGAGCGUGAAGCUCUGAUCGACCAGAUCAAGCCCCUCCUCAGCCAGCUCAAGAAGUUCAGCUAUGGCAAGCAGAUCGUUGCCAUUGAGAAGCUCAUCUUCGACCCUAACGCGCCGGUCACCGGAUUGUCCAACACCACCUCGACCACCCCUCCACACUCCCACAAGUCCUCCCCUCAGCCUCUCAAGCGGUCCAUUCCCACCGAACAGCCGCGGGCCUUUGGCAAUGCACCACCGACUCCCCCACCUACCGACCAGGCUGUCGACAGUACCCUCGAGUCCAAGGGCCUCGCCAAAAGUACCGUCACCACAGUUUCCAGCCCCGAGACAGGCACCGGCGUCCCGGUCGACGUCACCAGUGCCCACUAA